AUGGCUCUUCGACUAUCUGCGAACAGGGUGACAUCCACUCUGAGAGCUGGAAAUAUAUCACCAGUUAUCAAUGGCCUCAUGAGGAGAAAUGCCUCACAAGCAACAGCUGCUGCCAUAAAUCUAUCGGAUGAGCCUCAGCACGAUAUUCACAAUGAAACCAAGCUAUCGAAUCCAGAUCCUUCACCAAAUUCGCAAACAGCACGCAUAAUCGCAGAACAAGCGCCAUAUAUGGUUGCAACUUAUGCCCGACCACCACCGAUGUUCGUGAAGGGAUCUGGAUGUUAUCUUUGGGAUGCAGACAACAGAAAAUACUUGGAUUUCACAGCUGGUAUAGCAGUCAAUGCUCUAGGACACUGCGAUCCUGAAAUCGCAAAUAUAAUGUUCGAACAAGGCAAAACUCUUAUGCACACUUCCAAUUUAUAUCAUAAUCCAUGGACUGGAGCCCUCUCUCAACUCCUCAUCGAAAAGACUCUCGAAUCAGAUUCAAUGCACGAUGCUCAAGCUGUUUUCAUCUGCAACUCUGGCAGUGAAGCUAACGAGGCCGCAAUAAAGUUUGCUCGAAAGUCCGGAAAGGUUGUUGAUCCAUCAGGUGCCAAACACGAGGUUAUUUCGUUUCAAAAUUCAUUUCAUGGUCGAACCAUGGGCUCAUUGUCCGCAACCCCAAACCCGAAAUAUCAGAAACCAUUUGCUCCAAUGUUACCUGGAUUUAGAUACGGAACAUAUAACGAUGUGGAUGCUAUCAAAGAUUUGGUUACGGAGAAUACAUGUGGUGUCAUAGUAGAGCCAAUUCAAGGAGAAGGUGGUGUUAUUGUGGCAACUGAAGAAUUCCUUACUGCACUCGCAGCUCGUUGUCGUGAGGUUGGUGCAGUUCUCAUCUAUGAUGAGAUACAAUGUGGACUUUCACGAACGGGCACUUUCUGGGCACAUGCUUCAUUGCCAAAAUCAGCCCAUCCAGAUAUUAUCACCACCGCCAAGGCUCUUGGAAAUGGUUUCCCCAUUGGAGCAACAAUUGUCAACAAAAACGUAACGGAAAAGAUCAAGGUCGGCGAUCACGGAACUACCUUUGGUGGAAAUCCAUUAGGAUCCAGGAUAGCCCAUUACAUUGUUUCUCGAUUAUCUGAUCCGUCAUUACAAAAAGAUGUCAUAAAAAAAUCGGAAAUCUUCAAGAAACAUUUCCAGCUCUUACAAUCCAAAUACCCAGAACUCGUCAAAGAAAUUAGAGGCAGAGGACUGCACCUGGGUCUACAUUUGAGCCAAGAUCCUACACCAAUUGUUACAGCUGCUAGAGAAAGAGGGUUAUUGAUCAUCACGGCUGGAACCAAUACCUUGAGAUUUGUGCCAAGCUUGACUAUUACCGAGCAAGAAAUCGAAGAGGGGUUCAGCAUUUUGGGGGAAGCAAUGAGGAUUGCUACUUCUUCAGUGGAGGAGCCGCAAGGAGUUCAAGUUCAUGGUGAAGUAGAUUCGCCAAAUUAA